UGCAGACAAACCAUGUGCAAAAACUUGUUCGUCCCGUGUAUAAAAAUUAGGACAUGGGCCGUAUCCUUAUACACAAGUUUAGAUGGAAAAUUUCAAGAACAAUUCGAUUUUCGUUUGAAAGAAGUGACUUUUAAAAAACUUACCGAUUACUUGCACAAGCCGGUGGACUCAUCAAGUUUAGCAGUUACAAGGAUUUUAUUUGGACUUGCAAUGUUAUUCGAUAUCCCAGAUGAACGUGGAGGUGCAGUAAUGGAAAAACGUUGGGGUGAUCCGACGAUGUGUCAUUUUCCGCUCAUUAAUAUCGUAAAAGCUAUUCCGAUGCCAUUUAUGGCAUUAGUAUACGCUGCACUUUGGCUCGGAGCUUUGGGCAUAACAUUAGGAUACAAGUAUCGCUUGAGUGCGACAAUUUUCACAUUUUGCUACUGGUACUUGAUUCUGAUUGAAAAGAGCUACUGGAAUAAUCACAGCUACUUAUUCGGCGUGGUCGCCUUACUGCUCGCCACGACUGAGGCCAACUGCUAUUGGUCUUUAGAUUCACGCAUGGGUAUCUCUCGGAUGAAAAAAACAGUACCAUAUUGGAAUUAUUUUAUUCUGAAAUACCAGUUUUUCAUUCUAUACUUCAUGGCGGGGAUGAAGAAAGGAACAGCAGAGUGGUUGACUGGAUAUUCUGUGCAGAAUCUUAGUGAGCAUUGGGUUUUUAGCCCUUUCAAAUUAUUUCUUACAGUGCCUCAAACCGACUUUCUAAUAGUACAUUGGUUCGUUUUCGCAUUCGACAUAAGCGUGGCUAUCUGGAUGAUGUGGUCUCGAACACGAAACGUGGCUAUGAUAUUUUGCGCUCUCUUCCACCUCAUGAACAGCAGACUGUUUAGAAUAGGUAUGUUUCCGUGGGUCUGCUUGGCAACGAUGCCGUUGUUUUAUUCGUUUGACUGGCCGAAAAUUAUAAUGUGCUAUGCGGAAAAACCUGUAUCGAAAGUAAAAGGAGGAAUUUGUAAAUAUCUACACAAGUUUAAACGUCAUACAACAUCCGGCAGUAAGAGCAAUGCUACAGUGAUAACUAAAGUUUAUUAUAAUGAACCUAAGGAAUUUUUUGAUAAUGAUAAAAUUAACGAACGGAAUGCCGAGGAUUUGGAAGAAAAAAUAGACAAUCAAGAAAUAGGAGCUGAAGAAGAAAACACUUUCGAAACAAAAGACAAUGAAAUAUUCGACGUUAAGAACAACUCGGAUAAAACAUCUGUAGACGAUGGUGAUCGCCGGAAAUAUAUUACAUUUACAUUUGUAGUAUUUCAUGUACUUUCCCAAGCAUUUCUGCCAUAUUCCCAUUUUAUCACAAAGGGUUAUAACAAUUGGACGAACGGGCUGUAUGGUUAUUCUUGGGAUAUGAUGGUGCAUACAUGGGAAAUUGAAUCGGUUAUUGUCAAAGUCGUUGAUAAUGAAAACAAGGAAGAGUUUUACGUCGACCCGUACAUUUAUUCCCCUAACGACAGAUGGACAAGACAUGGCGAUAUGGUACACCAAUAUGCCAGAUGUUUAAAAGACAAUUUAUUAAAGAAAUUUGUCUCAAACAAACGUUCAACUCGCGGAAAGGUUAUAUCUAAAAAUAUUUCGAUUUAUGUUGAUGUUUGGUGUUCCAUGAAUGGAAGAUUUACGCAACGCAUGUUUGAUCCUAAAACGGAUUUGUUGAAUACAUUUUGGUCUCCGUUUGAGCCGAUAUCAUAUCUCAUGCCUCUGCUCGAUGAAGCGUUGCCUUGGAGAAGUCUAUUACAUGAAAUUAAGGAAGACGUCCAUUCUUGGAACAAUUAUAGUGAUGUGACGUUUAUCGCCGAUUUCCCGGAUUAUUACCAAGAAAAAUUUAUUCCAAUGGAGUUAACGAAUGUUACGAUGACUAUACUAGAAGGAGUGGUGGCUUUUGAACCCGAGGUCAAAAAGUUUUCGCAAGGACAAUCUUAUAAACUCAACAAAGGUAACCGUGUCAAACUGGAUUCUGGAACGUUCCAUAGAGUUCUUACUAUAGGGACUAAACCAGCAUUUUAUAUGUAUACGUUUACUAAUAGCUCGGAACCAAACAUUGAAGAUUCAACGUUUAAUCCGAAACUACCUGUCGCAGAAGAAUUAACAAGACGCUUUAACAAUAUGAUUAAAUUUGCAAAAAUAGUCGUAUCAAACAUAAUCAGUAUGUUUUUUCAAUGUUGCCAAUAAAUG